AUGAAUCAAGUGCAGUGUAUUUUUCCACAAGGCCAAACAACACCGGAACGUGUCUUAUCAAAUCCUUGGUAUGACAAAGGUUUCUGUGAACCAAAUCAAUAUAAAGCAGCUAUUGAUCGUUGUAAAGGUGGAUAUGAAUCAUGUGAAUUAUUCAUUGAAAUCUUCUCUGAACGUGCAAGAAUCGAACGAGAAUAUAUUAGUAAUUUAGAAAAAUGGUCAGCAGCAAGUAUCAAAGAAAUUAGUCAAUCAAAAGAAUUUGGUACAAAUAAAAAAGCUUGGAUUGAAUCUAUACGUGCUUCGAAAGAAAUUGGUAGUACACAUGGUGAAAUUGUUCAACGUCUUCAAGAGAAUGUUAUUGAUAAAAUGGUUAGUUAUAAAAAAGAAAAUUAUGGUAAAUCAAUAUUACACGUUAAAAAAAUAAAAGAAUUCGAACGAGAUUUUGAACAAGCACAAAAAUCAUGGAUUAAAUUAUUGGAUAAAAUUAAUAAAUCAAGAAGAGAUUAUCAAGAUGCACAACGUUUAUUGAAAAAAGCUGAAACUGCUGAAAAAAUUAUUGAAUCUGAUCGUGGUGCUGAAGAAGAACAAAAAUCACAAAUGAAAUUAAGUGUUAGUACUUAUAAAAAACAAUCUGAAGCAACAAGAAGUAAAUAUCAACAAAAUAUUGAAGAUAUGAAAAAUACAAGACCAAAUUACGAAAAUUCAAUGAAAGAAGUUUUAGAUCGUACACAUACAUUCGAACGAAGACGUUUAACGCAAUUUAAAACAUUAUUUGCUGCUCUUCAUCAAGCUUUAAUAAUUGAAAAAGAUUCUCAUUUACUCACUAUGACAGAUUUAUUUAACAAAUCUGCUGCAGCGCAUGAUGCGGAAAAAGAUAUUCAAUGGUGGAAUUCUCAUUUUGGAAGUGAUACAAAUACUGCGUGGCCAUCAUUUGAAGAACUUAAAGAUUAA